UUCGCGUAUUUUCGCAGAUCUUCAAUAAGGCCGUCCUUUUUUCAACUGUACCCUGUUACACAAUGUUGUGUCGCGCGACGAUUGUUUUGUUGUGCCUGUCCUGCGUCAUCGCCUUCCCCGAAUCCGCCGCAGACGUCGAAGUCGAAGAACAGAAAACGGUGAAUUUCGCCAAACCCGGCAAGAAUGUCACUUCCCGUCGCGGGGAAAGCGUGGAAUUCAAUUGCGAAGUGAAUUCGGAAAACGGAGAACCGGUUCCGGCCGAAGACGAAAACGUCAUCUCCAUUUGGAUGCAAAACAACCUGGUUCAAUUCGCUGGCAGUCAGAAGAUCACCAAGAACCCGAGACUGACGAUCGAAGGCAGGAACUUGGUCGUCUCCGACAUUGAAUCCGAAGACGCCGGAAAGUACACGUGUCAAUUGUCGACGUGGAAUCAGCCCGUGAUUACGCAUUUUUUGAUCGUGCAAACGCCGCCGUCGGUGAAGCCCGAGAAGAACAAAAUAGUCGCCACUGCUGGGGAUGACGUCAUUCUCACGUGUUCCGCUGCAGGGAGUCCCAAGCCGACUAUUUCUUGGCAGUUGAAAGAUGAGCCCGUGUUGUCUGGUGAGACGAGACUGACUGGCGAGAAGUUGGUUUUGGAUCAGGUUUCGCAUCAGCAAGCAGGCCGUUACAUGUGCAUCGCCGACAACGGAGUCGGCGAACCAGCCAAGGCGUUCAUCGAUUUGGACAUCAUGUACAAACCCGUCAUCACUAUCGAGGAAGGCUGGAUUCAUUCCGGAGAAAAUAGCCAGGCCGAGUUGACGUGCAUCAUACACGGGCAACCGAAUCCCCAAGUGUCGUGGUUCCGCGACGGUGUCGAGUUGUCUGGCUCUGAUUCUGCGCAUUGGACCCAGAGCAAAAUUGACGGGAACGUGUACACGCUGGAGUUGAAGAACUUGAAGCGUGAGCAUUUUGGAACGUACGAAUGCAGAGCGUCCAACACGAUCGGAAGAAGCGAAGAAUACAUCGAACUUUCCGGCUUGGCCAAGAAGGCAGAAUUCACUUCCGAGCCUCGCGGAAAGGAAGAGACCACUUACAGAAAAUGUGUGUUGCUGGUUGGUUGGGAUGUGAAGCAGUAUGAACCCAUAGAUGAGCCCGUGUUGUCUGGUGAGACGAGACUGACUGGCGAGAAGUUGGUUUUGGAUCAGGUUUCGCAUCAGCAAGCAGGCCGUUACAUGUGCAUCGCCGACAACGGAGUCGGCGAACCAGCCAAGGCGUUCAUCGAUUUGGACAUCAUGUACAAACCCGUCAUCACUAUCGAGGAAGGCUGGAUUCAUUCCGGAGAAAAUAGCCAGGCCGAGUUGACGUGCAUCAUACACGGGCAACCGAAUCCUCAAGUGUCGUGGUUCCGUGACGGUGUCGAGUUGUCUGGCUCUGAUUCUGCGCAUUGGACCCAGAGCAAAAUUGACGGGAACGUGUACACGCUGGAGUUGAAGAACUUGAAGCGUCUCGUAAAACCUUGCAUGCUUACGUCUCGCACCAACACGAUCGGAAGAAGCGAAGAAUACAUCGAACUUUCCGGCUUGGCCAAGAAGGCAGAAUUCACUUCCGAGCCUCGCGGAAAGGAAGAGACCAUUUACAGAUUGAAAUGGACGGUGGAAAGCUAUUCCCCGAUUAAAGAAUACCUCAUCAAGUACCGGCAAGUGGAUUUCAACGACACGGAAGAAGAAAUGCCGCAAUGGGAAACAGUGACGGUUCCUGAGGAAACCGGCCUGGACGGUGAUAAGGCGAUGAAGCAUCACCAUUCCCACGAGUAUCUCAUCAAGAACCUCAGUCCUGCCACGAAUUAUGAAGUCACUCUCCAAGUUUCCAACUCUUUCGGCAGCAAUAAUCCAUCCACUUUCCGGCGAGACAAAUUUUUUGACGCAAAAGAUGGCCGCGUUGCCGCGGAGCUUCGCGUCGAGAGUCUGGCACUCUUCGGGCUUAGCUGUCGCACCGACAAGGUGUCGACUACUUGUGACGUCAGUGUCGACGUCACCGUCAUCGUCGCUGAAGGAAGUGUUCAGCAGUAUUCCACUGCAGGAUCACCCAGCAGCAGCAGCAAAAACGACAAUGACUCCGGAAAACGGAAGCGAUUGCUGUAUUCUCAGGCAUCUCAGGAGCACAAACCGGAAGUGAUGGAGCUGCUGUGCGAUUCCUUUGUGAAUAGAGAACCCAUUGGAUGCGGCGUUUGCAUAACCAAGACGGAUUUCCUGUCCUGGGCCCCACGGGUACUUGACGAACUCACUGCACAAGGAUUUUCAGCAGUGGCACAAGAUGCAGUCACGGGUCAAGUGGUGGGCUUUACCUUGAAUGAGGUUGAGACGCCCAACAGCAAGCAUGGCCUCGCCUACUCAACUCAAUGGUGCCAAAACGAGAAAAUGAAUGUGAUUUUCAAAUUUCUUGGAGACCUUGACGAUAAAGCCAAACCUUAUGAAUUUUUCAAGGUCGACAAGCUUUUCAGGUUCCAAAUGAUGGGUGUCCACGAAAAGUACGGCAACCUGGGCAUUGGCAGAAACCUCAAAGACUGGGCCAUAAGAACUGCCAUCAAAAGUAGCGAUUGCGAAGUCGGUGUUGUGGAGGCCACUGGGAGAUUCUCUCAAUCCAUCAACGCCUCCUACGGCUUUCAGGUUUUCGCCGAGAUUCCCUACGCGGAGUACAAAGGGGAGGAUGGGAAAUCAGUGUUUGAUUUGUCAAGAAUGAGCGGGCAUUUGAGUUGUAAAUUCAUGGCGAAAGAAUUGUUCUUUAAGGCUGAUAUGAGGGGUUCCAGCAGCAUGAGGACUUCGUCUCGUAAACCUCCUUUUUUGGUGAUCGGUCUUGUGCUUCUACUUGUUGUUGUGUGUUUCAAAUAUUGGAAUUUGAUGACGUUGAAUUUCGAUCUGCAAGAAAAAUUGCACGAGUUUGAAGAACGACUUUUGAAAAAUGAAAAGCAGUUGGACGGAAAUUCACUACAUCUCAGCAACAUGAAAUCGGAACUUGACACUUCACGGCGUCAGCUGACGGAAAAGAGCGACGAAAAUGCAGAUCUUACUCGGCGCAUUAAAGAUUUAACCGAAGAAUUGGAUGUGCAAAAGGCUGCGGUUGACGAUAAGACGAAGGAAAUCAGCAAAUGUCACAACGAUUUGAAGCUUGCGAAGAGUGAUUUAGAAUCUAAGCAAGCAGAAAUCAAUCGUUUGGAAAGUGAUGCUGAAAAGAAGGACUCGGUGCCAAAGGUGUCGGGUGACCCUCAAUCAGUGAAUAAUCCGGAUGUGCAAGAAAAAGUGCUGGAAGCCCCAAACGCCCAAGCACCCGAAAAACGCGAAAUCAACUCUUCCUCGACGACUCACGCACUUCAAAAGAAUAGUACGCUGCGUCCUCCCUUCGGCGAAGAUCAAAUGCUGGACAAGAUCGGAGACGAUGGACGAGAAGUUGGACUCGAUUUGAAGGAAGCAAUUCCGGAGAAGGCAGCUGUUGUGAAUGUUGAUCGGAGCGAUGCUGCGAAUGAAGAUGAGCAGAAUGACUAUGCUGGUGAUAAUCUGAAUCCGGUGAGAGGAAUUGGACAAGGACAAGAUGAAGCACUGGAUGCAGGGAAUCCGGAUGUUGACCCGCGGUUCGAUGGUUCGGAUGCUGGUGGUUCUCCUUAA